AUGGAGUCCGAUGACGACUUAUCCACAGAAAACGACACUAUCGUAUCAUCUGCUCCGGGACCGUGUGCUCUCAGCCAGGAUGGCGUGUUUCUUGCAGCAACAAAGGUGAACGACGACACGAUCACUGUCGGUCAACAAUGGCCCACGCACGGCAUCAAUGACCCUACACUGUAUCGACCUACGGCUGAUUCGAGCGGAACUGCUACCGAUCAUGACUUGCCUUAUCGCACGCUCUGGCGUCUAUGCCUUUCUGAACGGCGUAUGAUGGCGGGUAGAAGGACAUGGGAGAGGCAGGCGCCUGCAAUCCAUGCUUUCGCAUUCAGCCCACAGCCCAAUGGGCAGCAUGAGCGAAUUCUCGCUGUUGCGUAUGGGACUAUGAUCCUACUCUACAAUACCAUUACUGGACGAUGUCUCGCUGGCUUGAAAGGAAACGGCCGGGUGGUACUCGACUUGAAGUGGUCUACUCUUGCCACCCAGAAUGCUGAGAUUUAUGACUACUGGUCCAACGACGACUCGCCAGAUAUACUUGUCUUGACCGCGGUGACCAUCGAUGGCGCAAAACUCGUUCAUGUACAGCAGCCAGAUCACGAUACCGAUCAAGCGACGUUUUUCCGGAGUUACAGCGACGGUCUCGAGCUUACGGCCUUUAUAUCUCAAAUAUCGAGGAUGUCUUCCUCUGUUGGUAAGGCUCGUCUUGAGGGACCAAAGUCUGCUCUGCGUGGAGCCAAUCAACCCAAGGUCUCCAAGAUGCGAGCUAUCAGCGUCGUGACCGACAGGAUCCGAAAGUCCGGAACAGGCCUGUCAUCUCGUGUAAGAAAGGACGAGCCGAUAAGGCUUGAUCACCAAGAACCGAAUGCUGGCCGUCCGCAGUCACUUUUGCGAGACUCAUCAGAAAGGGAUCUUGAUGUCGGCAGUGGACCGACUUCACCAGCCACGGUAGUGGCGGAUGAGAAGAUGGUGUCGAGUCUUGAGCUGCCCAAAGCCAAGGCAGAUGGGUAUAACAGCUCACAAAUGCCAUUCUUAUCUCCCUCGAUUCCUUCACGGCGUCUGCCGCCUGUCGACGAGCAUAUAGACUUGGUCACUGAUGCGCAUAAGUUGUUCGGCGAGCAGAGCCAACCUGGAAGCCCGCUGCUAUAUCGAAGCCGGGAAGCCUCCUUCACAUCUAUCCGUCAACCAGACAGUGACUCUGAUGAUGAGACUUUCGUCCCGGGUACUAUGCAUGGAAGUGCGUCCUUCCUCCCGGGUGGUGUCAAUGUUCCUUUACCCAAAGGUUGUGGAGCAGUGUUCGCGGACAACGGAACUUUAGUCACCUUCUUCGAGCGACGAUCUGCGGUUCGUGUCGCUGACGCCUCUCUCGUAUCGAGUAAGAUAUCUGCAUAUCGCGAUCGCACAAGGAGGAUGGCAAAGCUUUUUCCGAGCUUUGCACGAAUCGAGGAUACCGAUGAUGAUGCUGAGCCGAGUGCUAGCGAUGUGUCGUCGGACUCUGAUGUUGAAAGCGAUGACGAAACACAAAAAGAUGAUCUGAAGAGCGGUGCAGAUCUCCUUGAAACGAUAUCUUUACCGUUGGACCUUGCCGAGAAUGCGAAAGUCUUCUCAGCUGUGUACGAUCUGGGGGACAUCCUUGGGUCACCUCGUCGCCUCGCUCUCUCUUACCACUUCUCUCGAGACCGCGAUACUAGUCUGGCUGCGGUAUGUGAACGCAACGCCAAAGUGGCGAAGGCUGCCGGACAAAUUCAGCAGAGUACCAUCUUGCAUCUCCUUGCCAUACUAGUAGAUGACGAUGAGUCCGAAGAUGUAGUCAACAAGGCGAGACCGUCGUUUGUGAAGGCUCUGCCAUUACAAUGCGCAUCAAGCAGGGAGCCGGGAUCUGCUGAUGGCAUUGAUUCCGCUGAAUCGUGGAUCGUGCGGCAGUGUUUCCAGUGGGCGGAAAAUAGGGCUGAUAUGCAAUUUCUGGCACUGAUGUCUGCCCUGCUGGUGCAAGCAUCUCCAUCGAAAGAGACUGACAUGAUUGAAGGAGCACGGACGGGAAAUAUCGCGAAUCCACAAACUUCAGUCCACCAGUCGAUUGACGGCCGCCCCUUGACGCCCUCGGAGAAUGUCAAUAGCAAGGUAUCGCCCAAGAAGGAGACACCAAGAUCAGUAGCCUCGUCUCGCCAGUCUUCGAAGCCGACCACACCAUAUCUGGAAUCAGGCGCCAAUACUCCACCACUUCCAGCUAUCUCAUCGCGGCAAAGCUCUUCAAAGCUGUCUACAUCCCCCGGGCUACACCGCAGCAGUUUCGGUGCGGCCGCUCGGCAGUACGCUCAAACUAUCACGGACAGGUUCGCAACUUAUGGCUCCUCACCGCCAACAAAGAAGAUCAGUCCUGCAAGUGCUGAGGAGCUGGCGGGGAGUCUGAAGAGCAAGAUGGGGAGUUGGACUAAGUCAGUCUCUUUUGCUAAGACCGAGAGCACGGUAGACGGUGCUGGGGAGAGUGUCGCAGGGGGUGAACGUGGGUAUGAUAGUGAUAGGACGAUCGAGGAUGUAGCUAUGCCGCAGACACCUAGACGCGGUGUAGCGAUACCUGUCACAGUCAACGUGAUGAAUGCAGAAGCUUUUGGUAAUCCUGGCGGCGACACAACAGACUUUGAGAAAGGGCCACUGCCGAUCGACCUUGCGCAGAAGGCUAUUGUGUGGCGAAGACACUACGCUGAGCAACUUCGCUGCUGGGGUAUGCUCAUCGAGGCUGCCGAGAUGGAGAAUAUCGGGGAGUCCACAGCUUACACCAGCCAUGGUUCACCGUUGCUCGCAGAAAGCCAUCUCGUCCUUACUGUGGGCAUGCUACGCAUCUUGCCUGUGUGCGGAUGUGGUUGCGGAGUUGCCUUGAGGCAGGCGAGGACUACAUUUGCCCUGCUGGCUGUGGAAGUAAAUGUCAAGAUUAUAUAA